CUUCUUCACUCGUUAGAUACCUGAUUCAUUAUUAUACGUCCGAUAAAUAUCGCUAUCUAAGUAUCGCUUGCAAAGCAUUCGGUGGACAACUUCGCUAGCUAUUCUGCGUACAUCAGUGGUGGCGAGCUAACACCGGCAGUCUGUUUGGUCGUAUUCAUCUAAGCACACCGUAGCAUUAACUGUUAAAGUUAACCUAAACGGUGUCUGAGGCACAGCAAAGCCUCUCAUCCUCAAGCCUUCGGAUGUCUAGCCAUGUGUGUGGCCGCAUCCUUCUGCGAGCUGCAAGCAGCACCCCCAGCCCUCUCUCUCCCCAGUGGCCCAGUCUGACCCAGCGAGCCUGCCUCUCCUCCUGGGGCUGCUCUGUGCUAGGUGCUAGGUGUAGGUCUGGGGCCACCAUGCGCUUCCUCUCCACCCGUCAGGACCUGGACUUUCAGCUGAGCCGUGUCCAGAUCAGCAGCAUCCUGCGAGCCAACGAGCAGGCAGUGAGCAUCCCUGAGUUUGAUGGCCGGGGUCUCAGUGCUGUGAGGAAGUUUGAAAGCAACCAGCUGGCAGCUAACACCCCCAACGAGGACCGCCGCAGCACAGCCACCUGCCUACAGACUAAGGGCAUGCUGUUCGGGGUAUUUGAUGGUCAUGGUGGCUGGGCGUGUGCCCAGGCGGUCAGUGAGCGUCUGCUGUACUACGUGGCGGUGGCCAUGAUGUCCCAGAGAGGACUGGAGGAGCUAGAACACUGCAUGGAGCAGAGCAGGCCUGUCCCUCCCAUCCUACAGUGGUACAAAAACCACGGAGACUACAACUACAGAGAGUCAGCCUCGCUCUACGUAGAACACCUCCGGGUCUUCUGGCAGGAGCUUCUGGACAGCGAGGAGCACGGCGACGGAAUGAGUCCGCCUGAUGCUCUGUAUUAUGCCUUUAAGCGUCUGGACACAGACAUCUCUCUGGAGGCCCAGGUCCCACACUCUAGCGACCUUAUAAGGAGUACUGCCAUACAGGUGGCGUUUGCUGGCUCCACAGCCUGUGUUGCCCACGUGGGCACUGAGGGGAUCCAUGUGGCGAAUGCAGGUGACUGCCGUGCAGUGCUGGGGGUGCAGGAGGAAGACGGGUCGUGGAGCGCCUUACCCCUGUCCCAGGACCACAACGCACAAAACGAGGCUGAGCUGGAAAGGCUCCGAACCCAGCACCCCCCCUCGGAGAGGGACACUGUGAUCACUGACAACAGGCUGCUGGGGAUCCUGAUGCCUCUGCGUUCAUUUGGAGACGUAAGGUUCAAGUGGAGCCUUGAGCUGCAGCAGAGUGUUCUAGAAAGCCUGGAGUCUGGAAUAGAACUGGACUUCCUUAACCUCUACCAGUACACUCCGCCCAACUACCUGAGCCCACCCUACCUGGACGUGGCGCCGCAGCUGACCUAUCACAGCCUCCGACCGCAGGACCGCUUCCUGAUCCUGGGCUCUGAUGGGCUGUGGGACGAGAUGAGCUCUGAGGAGGCGGUUCGGCUGGUGGGCGAACACCUGAGUGGGAUUCAUCUACAGGCUCCAGUCUCCCCCACUGAGAGACAGUUGAACCUGGGCCAGAUGCAAGAGCUGCUUUGGAAACGCCGUGCCCUUGCCAUGCCCACCCUGGACACCAAUGCUGCCACACACCUCAUCAGACAUGCCCUGGGCACUGGGCAGUAUGGAGAGCUCUGCCAGGAGAAACUGGCAUCUAUGUUGGCUCUGCCUGAGGACCUGGCACGCAUGUACAGAGACGAUAUCACAGCUACUGUGGUUUAUCUGAACUCUGAUCUGGUCAGACAACACAGGUAAUGCAGAUGGGGACACACACGAACAUAAUAUUUUUACAGUAAAGAUGGUAUACUUCAACUCAUGCCUGGUCACAUAACACACACACAUUUCUUGACAGUUGGCUACUUUACCCUACGGUGAAAACAUUUGCUGCGUACCUAGGCCUAAUGCUCAAAUACUGCUCGCAGAGAACUGAGUGGCAUUGUAUUAGUGUUUUUCAGAUGGUUAAAUAAACUCAGCAAAAAAAAAUGUCUUCACUGUCAACUGCGUUUAUUUUCAGCAAAGUUAACGUGUGAAUAUUUGUAUGAACAUAACAAGAUUCAACAACUGAGACAUAAACUGAACAAGUGACUAACAGAAAUGGAAUAAUGGGUCACUGAACAAAGGGGGGUCAAAAUCAAAAGUAACAGUCAGUAUCUGGUGUGGCCACCAGCUGCAUUAAGUACUGCAGUACAUCUCCUCCUCAUGGACUGCACCAGAUUUGCUAGUUCUUGCUGUGAGAUGUUAUCUCGCUCUUCCACCAAGGCACCUGCAAGUUCCCUGGACAUUUCUGGGGGGGGAAUGGCCCUAGCCCUCACCCUCUGAUCCAACAGGUCCCAGACGAUUUAGAUCUGGGCUCUUCGCUGGCCGUGGCAGAACACUGACAUUCCUGUCUUGCAGGAAAUCACGCACAAAACGAGCAGUAUGGCUGGUGACAUUGUCAUGCUGGAGGAUCAUGUCACGAUGAGCCUGCAGGAAGGGUACCACAAGAGGGAGGAGGAUGUCUUCCCUGUAACGCACAGCAUUGAGAUUGCCUACAAGCUCUGUCCGAUGAUGCUGUGACACACCACCUCAGACCAUGAUGGACCCUCCAUCUCGCUCCAGAGUACAGGCCUCGGUGUAACGCUCAUUCCUUCGACAAUAAACGCAAAUCCGACCAUCACCCCUGGUGAGACAAAACCGCGACUCGUCAGUGAAGAGCACUAUUUGCCAGUCCUGUCUGGUCCAGUGACGGUGGAUUUGUACCCAUAGACAACGUUGUUGCCGGUGAUGUCUGGUGAGGACCUGCCUUACAACAGGCCUACAAGCCCUAAGUCCAGCCUCUCUCAGCCUAUUGCGGACAGUCUGAGCACUGAUGGAGGGAUUGUGCGUUCCUGGUGUAACUCAGACAGUUGUUGUUGCCAUCUUGUACCUGUCCCGCAGGUGUGAUGUUCAGAUGUACCAAUCCUGUGCAGGUGUUGUUACACGUAGUCUGCCACUGUGAGGACGAUCAGCUGUCCGUCCUGUCUCCCUGUAGCGCUGUCUUAGGCAUCUCACUGUACGGACAUUGCAAUUUAUUGCCUUGGCCACAUCUGCAGUCCUCGUGUCGCCUUGCAGCAUGUCUAAGUCACGUUCACACAGAUGAGCAGGGACCCUGGGCAUCUUUCUUUUGGUGAUUUUCAGAGUCAGUAGAACGGCCUCUUUCAUGUCCUAAGUUUUCAUAACUGUGACCCUAAUUGCCUACCGUCUGUUAGUGUCUUAUCGACCGUUCCACAGGUGGGAAACUGUGUUUUUAACCCUUUACAGUGGUCCGUGAAGUAAAUUUGGAUUUUUAAGAAUUCUUUGGAAGACGUGGUCCUCAAAAAGGGACGUUUCUUUUUUUGCUGAGUAUACAUGAAGUUCUUUUUAGCUUGAAACUCCUACAUUUAGGUGAAUAACCAUGAUGUUUUAUGUGUGUAUGUAUGCUGAUAAAACUGUAAUUAUUUACUGCAUAGUCAUCAUAGGUCCGAUUGUGCUUUGGGACUAAGUGUUUCACAAGACUUGACUGGGUACCACGUCAUACUUGGCCAUAGUUUUAAAUGAAUCCUAUUUUCUUAUGAACUCUCUGGUGCACUUCCUCACUUUUUACUGAGUCUGAUAAAAUCUUAAAUAUAUUUUCAGAACUAUGUUUUGUAUUUGUUACCUGGUCUUAGUUUGGUAAACCUGCUAUGUGUCAUAUUUUGACUAUUUGCUGACAAUCUACAGUCCACAAACUGAAUGUUUCAUUGUUAUUGGCAUAUGCAAAUUGUACUCGUAAUGCCAAGUUAAGUGUGGUCCGAUCAGGGGAGGAAGUGAAAUAGUUCAUUGUUUGCUGUAAAAUGUUUUUUUUUUUUUUUCAAAUCACGAUUUAAACUUUAAAUCACUUCCUGAAUGAAAAUGUGUUUAAUGUUAACCAAAACCCUUCAACUCUGUUAGUUUGCCUGCCUGUGUUAGGUUUGGGUUUUCUCCAUCUACUGUAAUGUGUCUGCAAGUUACUCGUCCUCUGCUCUCUCAAAUCCUGUUUUUCCUCUUAGGAUUUUUAAAAAUGUAUUAUGCUCGCCAAACAUUACAAUCUUCAAACAUUACAAUCUUCCUGUGCCACCAACACUACUUUAUUUUGGGUAAUUGUUUCAUGUACAAAAUGAACAAAUUUAAAAUAGUCAAUUUUUUUUCUGUUCUCUAUUGACAAUGAAGCUCUUCAAAUUUGGAGAACUGUAUAAACUGGAAGUGUUUUGUCAAGAUCUGAUAAAAUCGUGUAGGGUGUGCCAGAUAAAGCCAAUUUGGAGCAGCAAGUAGCCUAGUGGUUAGUGUUGGGCCAGUAACCGAAAAGUUGCUGGAUCAAAUCCCCUAGCUGACAAGGUUUACAAUCUGUCGUUCUGUCCCAAAACAAGACGGUUAACCCACUGUUCCCUGGUAGGCCACCAUUGUAAAUGAAUAAAUCUGAAUUUGUUAUUAGCUGACUUGCCUAGUUAAAUUAUAAAAAUUACUUUUAAAUGACCUUUUCAAUGUUUACUCUUAAAAUCCAUGUAAGAUGUAAGUCAUAUACAGUAGUCUGUCAGUGUAACUGUCAUUACGACUCAACUCCUUUAUGAACAUUCUGAGGAAGCAGCUGGGCAAUUAAACUGUAGGACUCCCUAACUCCAGAUAAUUCAUGUUUUGUUCUUCUUGAAUGUUGUGAAAUGAAAUAAAGGAAUUAGUGUCCUACUGUUACCCAGCUGCUAUACCUUAGUGUAUUUAUGAAGGAGUUGAGUCGUAAUAAAGAACUAAUAAACAAGAGCACAGAAAACGACAGGGUUGUUUGGGGAUGGUUAUAAGGAAGUCUGUUAGUUUCACUUCUACAUUCGACUAAGUGCCGUCAGAAAGUUUCCAUACCCCUUGACUUAUUCCACAUUUUGUGUUAGCCUGAAUCUAAAAUGGAUUAUAUAUUUUUUUUGUUGCUCACCCAUCUACACACAAUACCUCAUAACAAAGUGAAACAUGUUUUUAGAAAUGUUAGCAAAUGUACUAAAUACAGAAAUAUCUCAUUUACAAAAGUAUUCAUGCCCCUGAGUCAAUACAUAUUAGAAUCAUAUUUAGCAGCGUUUACAGCUGAGUCUUUCUGCGUAAGUCUAAAAGCUUUGCACACCAGAAUUGUACAAUACUUGCAUUUUUUUUCUUCAAGCUGUCAAUUUGGUUGUUGAUCAUUGCUAAUCCCUUUUCAAGUCUUGCCAUCAAUUUUUCAAGAUAAUUUAAGUCAACUGUAACUCGGCCACUCAGGAACAUUCAAUGUUGUCUUGGUAAGCAACUCCAGUGUAUAUUUGGUCAUGUGUUUUAGGUUAUUGUCCUGCUGAAAAGUGAAUUUGUCUCCCAGUGUCUGUUGGAAAGCAGACUGAACCAGGUUUUUCUCUAGGAUUUUGCCUAUGUAUAGCUCUAUUCUAUUUAUUUUUAGCCAAAAUUACUCCCUAGUCCUUGCCGGUGACAAACAUACCCAUAACGUGAUGCAGCCACCACCAUGCUUGAAAAUAGGAGUGGUACUCAGUGAUAUGUUGUUUGCCCCAAACAUAACACUGUAUUCAGGACAUAAAGUACAUUUCUUAGCCACAUUUUUUGCAGUUUUACUUCAGUGCUUUAUUACAAAAAGGAUGUGUGUUUUGGAAUAUUGUGAUUAAGUAGAGGCCUCCUUCUUUUCACUAUGUCAUUUAGGUUAGUAUUGUGGAGUAUCUACAAUGUUGUUGAUCCAUCUUCCCAUUUUCUCCUAUCACAGCCAUUAAACUCUGCAACUGUU